GCUGACCUGUCGCUGUCGAGUUCGGUCACUCUGGACUGCAGGAAAGACGCCAUGGUCGUGACGGUGAACCGGGACUUGUUCGGGAUCGGCUACCUGGUGAACAGCGCCGACUUGAGCGUGGGGUCCGCGGGCUGCUCGGCCACUUCCUCCGACAGCGUCGCCAGCACGGUUUUGUUCAGCAUCCAGCUCCAGGAUUGCGGCAGUACUUUCCAGGUAUUCCCAGACUUCCUGAGCUACACAAACCAUCUCUUUUACAAGCCUGCCAGCGUUGGCAUCAUCACCAGGGUUAAUAUGGCUGCCAUUCUCCUUGAAUGCCGAUACCCGAGGUACUGUACUGCGCAGACAAGGACCUGAGGGGCCAGAUCUGUAAA